AUGAAGCUGGACUUGGUAGGCGGGACUGGAUGCAGGCUGAGCCGCGAGAAAGCCGCCAGCGGACCCGCCCACGUGAUCGAUGGUUCAUAUUCUGGUCGCGGCGGCGCGUUGUUCUUGUCCUGUUCUUGUCCUUACCUCCCUCAACUUCCGCAGCGCGGUGCCAGCGAAAUGGCCUUCCUAGCCCAGCCUCCUUCUCCCUCUGGCGGGCGAGGUCCGCUGGAACUGGCGAUGGCCUCAGGUAUCUGUAGUAACUGCAAGUCGUUGGUCGGUCUCCAGUAG